GCAUUUAACACACCCCGCAGUACUCAUAAGAGAGAGAGAGAGAGAGCUCUACAGUCUACACCUACACGAACUCCUCAGUCGGAGUCAGUCCUCACGAAAGGGGGGGACCUUCCAGGAAGGGACGAUGGAAUGAAAAGCCUCUUCCCUUCCUUCCCUGCCCGCCUGCCCGCCUGCCCGCUAUAUAUACAUCAAUUCUUUACCCAGUCGACUCAUUCUAUCGAGCGCCGCCUGGUUCGGAGUUCACUCAACCCACACCAACGAACGAAGAGUACUCGAAGAGUCGAAGAGUGUUGAGUUUUUCUCUCUGAAGCCAAGAUAUGGAAGCAUUCAAUACUUGCUCAUCUUCGUCGACGUCGUCGUCCGAUUCGUCCUCGUCUGAGUCUUCGCUGCCUGGAAAGCAAGUGAGAGCGAUAAGUAAGUCGGAGAGGAUCAAAGGACCUUGGAGCACCGAAGAAGACAAAAUUCUGACCCGACUCGUCGACCGAUACGGCGCCCGAAACUGGUCCCUCAUAAGCCGUUACAUACCGGGGCGAUCCGGUAAGUCGUGUCGGCUGCGGUGGUGCAACCAGCUCAGCCCAAAUGUCGAGCACCGUCCCUUUUCUCCCGCCGAGGACGAGACCAUCUUGGCGGCCCACGCUAGGUACGGAAACAGGUGGGCCACCAUCGCUCGCAUCCUUCCUGGUCGAACCGAUAAUGCCGUGAAGAACCACUGGAACUCUACGCUUAAGAGGAGGCAAAGAGAACAUCGACAACCCGUCGGAGAUAAUAAUAAUAAGAAUAAUGGGGGUCGGAACUUGGAGCUGGGAUCCCCGUCCGAAAUGGAAUCGGAUCCGCUGACCACUCUGACCCUUGCGCAACCUGGGGUCAGUUGUUCCUUGCCGGAGCGGCGAAUGGAGAGCUUUCCGGCGGAGUUCUGGGACAUGAUGAGAGAAGUUAUUGCUAGAGAGGUGAAGAAUUAUGUGUCGUCGUCGGUGGCUGAAACAGUAGGGUUACCAACCAUAGAAGGAAUUCAGGGCGUGUCUCUACACUCUACAGGGCGAUAUUGAGUUAAUUAAUUAGUUGUGAAUAUUAAUUACGGGAAGCAAAACAAGCGUUUCCUUUGAACCCAUGAUGACGAGGAAGCAAUACAAUUUCAGGCCUUGGUUUUCUUCUGUAAUCUUUUUUAUUUUAACAUUAUGUAUAAAUCAAGUUUCUUCAAUUUCGAAUUUUCAAAUCAAUAUUUCUGUUUUAUAUUACCUGAGCAUCAGAGAUUUUAGC